AUGGCUGAAUAUGUGGACGAGUUCCUCCGCGCCAUUCGGGGCAACUUCCCUCGUGUCAUCUUGGACAGCCUGGGUGGCCCUGACGUGAUUGCUGAAGCGAGACGCAUCCCAUGCCAGAAUCGCAGCUUCUCCCAAUACAACCCCAAGAGAGCUGGCGGGAUCUAUUACAAUCAGUCUCGAGUCUCCCACAUGGCGUCGGCUGGUCGGGAGGCCAACGAGACAAGCCCUGACGGCAGAAAAAUGGCCGCUCGCUUUAGGACACUUCUAUUUAUGUUUGCUAUAGCCACUGCUCAUGAGCUUACCCACCUCUUUGUCGGAUACCUUGCUCAAGGACAGGACACUACACAGUCAUACACACCGCCAACCCUGUCGUAUUUGAACUAUGCCGGACCCAGCUGGGGUGAGUCUGGACGCUGGCUGGAGAGCCAUUUAUUAGGUGGUUCAGUUGAAUUCUAUAGAGACAUUUUGGAUGACGAUGGUCAGGCCGGUAUCCCAUACGUUCUUGAUUCAAACGCCCUUGCGCCAAAGAUUGGACUAACUUGCGUGUUCCAACUCGUGACGAGCAUCGGAGAGUUCCAUACCUUCCCCUUCAUUACGACUGGCAAGGCCCUCACGGCCGAGGAGAGGAGAGAGAGAGGUUUACUUAGCAUGGGCUCGGAAUACGUUAAUGGACCACAGGCAGGUGCGAGCUUUGUCGGGUCCCUCUCGAGCCGAGACGGGUCUUAA